AUGCAUAAUCAAUACAACAGAAAUACCUUCCAGAACGAUAUCGCUGUUCUGACCUUACAGAACCAGAAUACUAUAAUAGAAUCGGAUUACAUCAGACCAAUCUGUUUCGCUAACCAGGAUCACACCGCUGGUGAAGAAUGUACCGUAAUUGGUUGGGGAACUUUAACCGAAGGAGGAUUGAACAAUGGAGGUCUUGACGCAUGCCAGGGCGACAGUGGUGGACCAUUCUUCUGUGAACGUAACAAUGUCUGGGAACUUGUAGGUGUUGUGAGCUGGGGCUAUGGAUGUGCUCGACCUGGUCAACCAGGAGUUUACGCCGAUUGCUGGAAUCUUAGAAGUUGGGUGGAUAACCAAAUCAAUUAA